CAGAGUCAACACGUGGGAUGCGACUGAGAGCGAAGAGCAAAGGGACUAGAGAGCGGGAGACGGACAGGGUUUGCUUGGGUUUGACCAGCCGGGUUUCACGGUCGCCUUGGACGACGAUAUGAAGACCCUGAACAAGUCAAUGCAGCGGAAACGACGGUGACUGUCCACUGAACAGUCACCGUUGUUACAUUGCAUGGUCUUGCUGUGCGGGCAAUACAAUGUAAAGUUGUGUUGUUUGUUUUCGGGCUGGUUUGCAUCUCGGAAGGGUGGCGUCAGAGGAUUCAGGAACACAUCAUAACCUAAGAAGUUACUCGGCAGCCAGCCAGCAAUGGAAAUGAAUGAUGUCCACGCCGUAGAAUGGAUGUUUGGAAUUAUGCGAGGCUGCAUACCCCGGAAGUAUGCGGGAAAAAGCGUACAACGGAGUCCAAUGGUCCAAAGUGUCGCAAAGAAUUCUGUUAUAUCUAUCACUCUGGUGUAAGUCAGAGUAUAUAGAGAGCCAAUUCUGCUGUGAUAUGUAGAUCUAUUUAACAGAAGUAGGCCUACAACGCUGUUUGCAAUAGUGGUUUAUUUUGCGGAUUUGGUUCCGUUUUGAAUCAGCUGACUAAACUCACAUGUAGGCUACAUGACACCGUGUACAGUCAUAAUGCUGGGACCACAAUAAAAACUGGGAUAAUCUUAUUUAAGCAUUUGGAAAAACCUCGUCCUGUUCUUUAGUAAGUAACAUAUAACACAUGACUUUGCUAUAAUGGCAAUGUCGCUAAACGGGCAGUAACUUUACACACACCAGACCAGUGUUUACUUGAACGUCCUGAUUUUACGCCGACGAGGUGUGAAGGCAGCUUGUAGCCUACAUCUCCUGUAUUCAAUCAAUCGAGGAAUUUUGAAUUGUGCAUCAUGACUCCGGAGGGGAAAGCGCUGUCAAACAUAGUGAUCCUGGGCUUCGGCUUUAUGUUCAUGUUCACUGCCUUCCAAACAUGUGGAAACAUAGAGCAAACUGUUAUCAAGAGUUUGAACAACUUCACCGCGAGUGGAUAUACAAGCAUGUCCAUCAUCUACGGUGUCUUCUCGGCCUCCAACCUGGUGGCUCCGUCGGUGGUGGCCGUGGUCGGCCCUCAGCUCUCCAUGUUCUUCAGCGGGCUGCUGUACAGUGCGUACAUCGCCAUGUUCAUCCAGCCCCGAGUCUGGAGCUUCUACACAGCCUCGGUGUUGGUCGGCUUCGGAGCCGCAGUGCUGUGGACCGCCGAGGGGAACGUGCUGGCAAUAAACUCCACUGACACCACGAUCGGGCGCAACAGCGGACUUUUCUGGGCUCUGCAGCAGUUCAGCUUGCUUUUUGGGAACCUUUACAUCUACUUGGCCUGGCAAGGACACGAUCACAUUUCAGAGAAGGACCGGCAGACGGUCUUCAUCUCCCUCACCGUCAUCAGUCUGAUCGGCUGCUUCCUCUUCUUCCUCAUCCGCAAGCCGGACCCGUCUGAGCCCACUCCCUCGGAGACCUCCGAAGCCCCCCUUCAUACCGAGUCCACCGACAGCGCGUCCGUCUCCGGUCCUCCUAGGAGAUCUCUCUGCACUCAGGCUCUGGACGCCUUUGUGAAGGCCUGUAAGCUGUCCGUUAGCAAGGAGAUGAUGCUACUAUGUCUGCCCAUCAUGUACACAGGUCUGGAGCUGACAUUCUAUAGCGGCGUGUACGGAACCUGCAUCGGCGCCAUGACGCGCUUCGGACACGACGCUAAAGGCCUGAUCGGAAUGUCAGGCCUCCUCAUCGGAGUUGGAGAGAUCCUGGGAGGGGGCGUGUUUGGCAUUCUGAACAAUAACCGCCUGGGCAGGAACACUGUGGUGCUGCUGGGGCUGCUGAUACACUACCUGGCCUUCUACCUCAUCUUCCUCAACAUAGCCCCAGACGCCCCUCAGGCCCCGGAGGAGGGCACCGACCUGCAGGCCUACAUGACCCCCAAUGUGGGUGUGGCUCUGUUCUGCAGCUUCCUACUAGGUUUAGGAGACAGCUGCUUCAAUACUCAGCUGCUUAGCAUGAUAGCCUUCCUGUACAAGGAGGACAGCGCCCCCGCCUUCGCAGUCUUCUAUUUCAUACAGUCCAUCAUGGCAGCCAUCGCCUUCUCCUACAGCAACGUGCUGCAGCUCCCCUGGCAGCUGCUGCUCCUGGUUGUCACCGGCUUCAUGGGGACACUCUCCUUCUUCAUGGCCGAGUGGGGGGUGGUGGCCAAGCGCCGCGACUCGGACUACGACAGCAUCUGAUUCAUGCCAGGAGGAGGAGGAGCAGGAGGAGGAGGAGGAGGAGCAGGGCGUAGGGGACGCCACCACUGCAACGGGAACGUCCGCUACUCUGUGCCCCUUGCCACGUCGUCCGGGGAAGACACGCUCUCAUCAGUCACUUUGGUUGGGUAUUCUGGUGUUGGCGGCGGCAGCCAUCUUGAAUGCUGACAUCGCACAUCUUCGCACAUCUUCGUGUCGGGGAGCGUGUUUUCUUACUGGGGAAGAAAUGGGGAGAAAACCGCUGGGUUGGUAAAGGGAAACUGAAAAAGUUGCUAUAAAAGGAGACAUUUCGUGGUUUACUGAUAAAGUCCUGCUCUGAGCUGUGGGAUUUGCUGAUUCAUCAAGACAUUCAAAAUGUCUGCCUAUUUCUUCGGAAGAAGCCUUAACUUCACUGCAGGAAGGCUACGGGUUUAUAUAUGAGACGGCACAACGUUGUGUUAGGUAACGGGUCAUUUCAACCUCAGUCAUCCAAGAUAUUCCCCUCAAUAUAUUAUGUCACUUUAUUUCAUUGUAUUCAUGUUUAUUCACAUUUUAUUGGCCAAUAAACAGCCAUGCAUACAAUAGGUGGGAAUUUCUGUUCAUCUGGACAACAGAUAUUAUGGGAUGGCAUUAGGCCCUUGGUGACCUUGGGUGUCUUGAAAGGCGCCUCUAAAUGAAAUGUAUUAUUAUUAUUAUUAUUAGUGUUUGUUUGUAAGUGACUUGGAUGUUGAGGGAAAUGAAUCUUCAUGUAUCUGAAUGAUAUUUUUUACUUGAAUCUAGUACUUAAAGAAACGAUGAUUUUCUGCCUUGCUGGUUUUUAUAAUCAAAAUGUUUGGAUUAUUAUUAAGGAUGAAGUGAUGUUAUUUCUUAAAUGUCAACUAAUUUUUUUAAACCUUGACAUGAAGUGGGCAUAUGUAAAAGUAAGAAUGUAAAAUAGUUCAUGAUUAAAAACUCAUGGUAUAUGAUAA